AUGAACAACGAACUCGACAUGCAACAACAAGACAUGGGACCCUCCGUCUCCAUGGCCGUCCACGCUCAAAGCGACUCUGAAUUCGAAUGCAAUACAUACGCCCUCAGGAAGACCAAAUCCAUACAUCGUCUUCGUCUCCGUCGUCCCUCCGUAUCAACGGCCCCCAUGGAAGACGUGACUCGCUUGAGUAACUCACUGUUGAGAAAGUAUCUGAUCAAGGACGAUAACGAUUCUUCAUCAGUUGGCGAUGUUAAUACACAAAGAAUGGUGGAUUAUCUGACUUAUAAAUGGAGAAAUGAGUUGGAAGUGUUGAAUUCUUGGAAAUUUGUCAUCCUUUUUAAGAAAUGUAGGGGAAGAACAUGGAGGAUCGAUUUGGAAGAGGGGAACGCCAUGGAAAGUAUUGUGAACCCGAUUAAUAAUAAGAUUAGUAGCAACAACAAUAAUCUGGCAAGAUUGGAGAAUUUAUCGUGGAGGAUAUAUGCCAAAUUGUUGUUGAAGAAGAAAAAAGGACCUUAUGACGCUGGCGCUACUGCUUCUUCUUCUUUGACCCAAUCACCUUUGAAGAUUUCCAAUUCUGAUGUGUCCUUGUUAUAUGGUCCCGUGGUGGAUACUGGCAAUGAAAGAGUGUCCCUGUUGUUUGAUACGGGGGUUAAUUCCAAAAGGUUGAACAUCAAACCUAUUUUGAAGAAAAGGUCCAUCGGCGAGAUAAUUGAGGGCAAUGCCCAAUGGAAAUUGGAUAUUACAAAGAAACAAUUGGGUGAAAAUAUUGUGGAUUCAUUACAAGUCCCCACUGCCACUACCAAUAACAGAAGUCCCUUGCUCUCAACUCCAAUGUCUUCUGAAACAUGUUCCAUAUCUUCUUAUUCCACUACGUCACUUUCUAAUGCUAUUGCCUCCAUUUCUCAAAAUGAAACUUUCUUGGAUGAUGAGGGAAACACAACAAUAAGACAUAUCCGUUUUAAUUCCACUGUGGAUCAAUGCAUGGCAAUCCAAUACUCAUCCACGUCAUCUUUAAACUCUGUAAGAUCUGGAUCCGUUGAAAAAAAGACCCCACAGAAUGCAAAGGACAAAAUAUCAUUUUUAAAGGAAGAGAAUAAAGACAUCUUUUUAAGUGAUGAAGAGGAGAUGUUCAUUAACAAAAAAUUACAUGACAACGCAAAGUUCUACAAGAAAACAAAUUUGGAUGUCCUCAAAACAAUUAAAAAAUCACAAGCAAGAAAAAGACCAACAAUUCAAUUAUUACCUCCUACCAAAUUAAACCAAUCCACUUCCAAGAUGAACUUUACUUCUGAUGAAAAUGGUGAAGGAGACGGUGACUCCUCAAAUUCAGAUAACGAUUAUGGUUAUGCAGUGUCACAUAACGUCGACACCUCCAGGGGGUACCAAUAUAGGUAUGAUUACAAUUCUGUCUAUACACAGGACACAUCUAUGUUUGUCCCCCCUGUAGAUUGUGAUAUCAUCGAGGUUCCAGCUGGCCUGGACCUAAAUUCAGCUCCCUUAGCUGAUGGAAUUCCACCAAACGAAAUAACUCCUAUGCCCCCAUUUCUUACAAGAAGAGAAUCCUCCUCCUCCUCUUCAAAAAGAGAUAAUUCAUUACAGGUUAAUAAUAUUAUGGAAGAUUCUACCACUACACCUGCUAAACAUUUCAAUACAUCAACCACUUCAUUCUCAUCCACAUCACAAAACUCCACAGGAACACCAUCAUCUCUAUCGUCAACCUUUAUAUUUACCUCAGAUGAUGAAAGUGACGAUGAGGAGGCAGAUGAUGAGCGUGACGAUGACUAUUUUACUGCAUCACCAAUCUCCAUGGCAACAAAAUAUACAGCCAACAUGAAGGCUAUACCUCUCCCAUUUCAAUUUUCUGCUAAUCCUGGUCACAGUACAAAAUUUAUGAAUGAUCGUUCCACUAAGAAUGACGAUAAUAAAGAAGAGGAAGAACAAGGUAAUAAAACCACAACGGGGGAAGUUCCAGCAAUGGAUUUCUUCAAGAUUUUAAACAUCUCAUCCAAUGGGAAGUAA